GUCUCCAAAUAUGUAAUAGAAGCUUCCGCAGUCAUCUCCAGCCCUCUUGGAUAUUAAAAGCUUCAAAAUUACCUUGCUUUUCUUUUUUUUCGUCAGACUCAAUAGAACGCCUGAAAUCGAGCCACUGAGGUCCUGGCGGCUCAUUCAGUGCGGUGCCUUGUGGGCACUGUAGUUUUUGUCGCAUUUAUGGUUACGUUAAGCAUGCGUGGCGUGGUGAGUUGUUGAAUGAAGGGAACUUCUUUUCGUCGGCCCUCCAUACAAUUCGAAAAAUUGAAAUGUAAUAGGAUUCCCGUGCGGUCUUCUGGAUUAGGACUUGCUACUGGUGUUGAAGAUCCCUGGAUCAUUGUUUAAUGGAGAUAACUCGUAUGCUUUCCUUGCCUUUAAAUCACUCCUAAAGUACAAUCGUGAUUUUUUUUGGGGGGGGGGGGGUAAGGGAGAAACACAAGGUCUCCCUUUCAAGAAUUGUACAUCAACUAUCUUCAACCUCCAAUCUCGUAGUUUUCCAUAGCAGAGCGGAGCUGCUUUAUUUUUAAGCCUCACUCAACUCACUGCAGAAUGACCUUCUAUUUGCCUGGUUUUCGGAGCUUUUCGAAACUUUGGACGAGCACCCCUUCCUUUGAGCUGGGCCUUGCGACCUCUCCUGUCUUUUUCUUUCUCACGGUUACCAGGAACCAGCACCGAUGGUUUUCUGUCAAGACCAUGCCCCCUCCAAAUAGCAAAGCAAUGAAUUUGCUGCUUGCCAAGGCUAGAACACUCAAGAAAGGAAAUGAUAGCAAUAGGCAAGGUUCUUCUGAUCAUUAUUUUGCUGCCGGGGCAGCUAAGAAGAGGUCACACUUAACGAGCAAUCCCCAGCAGAGAGCGCAUGCCCCGUCACAUGUGAGGAGCACAAUCAAACUUCCCACUAAACCCCUGAGUUCCGAAGAGUGGGAUAAACUUAAAGAGGAGUUCAACGGGAAGGCCAGUUUUGAAGACUGGGUCAUUUCGCAGAUGGUGGGCAGCAGUAGCUCUGUAGAUGUAGCUAAGUCCCUCCUGGCAUGGGUCGCAGCAAGGAACAAUGGCAUCGUAGGGUAUAAUUUACUCGUCAAGUAUUUGUAUCUCUGCGUCUCUCACAAGCAGACAUCAGAAGUUAUCGACGUCUAUGAAAUCAUGAAAGCCAAGUACAAAUGUUUAGAAACUACGGCUAACACCAUUCUCAUCCGGGGAUUGAUCCACUCGGACAGGUGGAGGGAGGCCCUGCUGCUGUUAGAAGACAUUAAAAAAGUCAUGGUCCCUUCAAAAAGGAACUACAAUGACUGUAUUCAGGGAGCCCUCCUUCAUCAGGAUGUGGACGUGGCCUGGAGUUUGUAUCAGGAAUUGUUAGGUCACAAUCUCAUUCCUCUGCUGGAAACUCUAAAAGCCUUCUUUGAUUUUGGCAAAGACAUAAAUGAUGAUCACUAUUCGGACAAACUACUGAACAUUCUUUUGUACCUAAGGAAUAAUCAGCUGUAUCCUGGAGAGUCAUUUGCACACAGUAUAAAAACAUGGUUUGAAAGCAUUCCUGGAAGACAAUGGGAAGGACAAUUCACUACAGUCCAGAGAAGUGGCCACUGUUCAAGCUGUGGGAGAGCCUUAGAGUCCAUUCAUCUGAGUCCAGAAGAAUAUGAAUUUCUCAAGGGAAAAAUCAUGAGGGAUGUGAUAGAUGGUGGUGACCAGUAUAAAAAGACAACACCUCAGGAACUGAAGAGAUUUGAGAACUUUGUAAACUCCUGUCCUCCUUUUGAUAUUGUUAUUGAUGGCCUCAACGUUGCAAAAAUGUUUCCUAAGAGUCGUGAAUCUCAAAUUCUCCUGAGCGUAGUUUCUCAGCUAGCCCAGCAGAAUCUGCAGUUGCUGGUCCUGGGCCGGAAGCACAUGCUAACCGCGAGUUCCAGGUGGAGAAAGGAUGAGAUGGAGCGGGUGCGAAAGCAGGCCCACUGCUUUUUUGCUGAUAACAUCUCGGAGGAUGACCCGUUCCUGCUGUACGCCGCCCUGAACUCAGGCAAUCACUGCAAGUUUAUCACGAAAGACCUGAUGCGGGACCACAAGGCCUGCCUGUCUGAUGUGCACACCCAGCACCUCUUCUUCAAGUGGCAGCAGGGACAUCAGAUGGCAAUCAAGAAUGAUUUGCAAAGAUCAAAGCUAACUUUCCAGCAUACGCUCAGCUACGACACGGUGGUGCAGACAACUGGAGACUCCUGGCACAUACCUUAUGAUGAAGACCUGGUGCAAAGAUCCUCCUACGAAGUGCCGACCAAAUGGCUUUGCCUCCAGCGAAAAACACAGGGGCCGGCCCCAUCCUGAAUUUGCCCUGGACACCUCCUGCCUAAUAGCAGAGCUCAAAUCCAUGCUAAUUUCAGGCAUGACCUCUGUCCCGAAAAUAAAAAGAUUUUAGAAGCAC